UUUACUAUAAAUCAUUCACAUCAACACCCAGUCUUCUUGGACCCUUCGAUCCAAAAGAGGGUCCUCCCUCUUGAUCUUCUGUCUUCUCUUCUAUCCUUCUCUGUAGGAAUCUGGACAGAGUCAUUCUUUAGACCUUUCCUUUCUUUUUUAUCUCUCUCCCGCUAUGAAUCCUUCUUUGUGUAAAUUCUUUAGAUUAUAUUUUUAAUUUAGAAAUCUAGAUUAGUGCAGCAAAAAAAAAGACUGAGAUUAGCUCUUAUUUUUUUGUUGUAAACUUAAUUAAAUUAAAUUUAUCAAAAACCAUGACAUCAGUCAUCAACAUCGACGGUCACCAAUCGCUUCACCCUUUUCAAGAUCAGGUUGAAAUGGAGAGUAAAGUGGAGAUUAGCGAAAGGGCAUGUGGGAAUCAUGGUGGGAUUUGUGCUAUAUGCUUGGAUAAGAUUGUGCUUCAGGAAACUGCUCUUAUUAAAGGUUGCGAGCAUGCGUACUGUGUGACUUGCAUCCUUAGAUGGUCCACGUACACUAAGAAUCCAACUUGUCCUCAGUGCAAACAUCCAUUUGAGUUUCUCAAUGUUCACCGUUCUCUUGAUGGCAGCAUCCAGGAUUACAUGUUUGAGGAAAGUGUUUGCCUCCUCCGUCGAGCCUCGUGGUUUGUCGUGACUUUGACUGUGGAGGAUCAUGAAGAUGUUUAUGAAGAUCCGGAGGAUUAUUAUCCAUAUGAGUUUGAGGAUGAGGAUGAUGAUCUAGAUGAAGUGUACUUGAGCAGUUUAUCCAAUCUUCGCAUUGGAAAUCGGAGGUGGGGAGAUAAUGGCUAUGUUAGGGCAGGGCAUCAAGAAGCAAGGCCAGUGUAUCAAGCACAUUUCAAAGACUCGGGGGCGAGCACUUCACGUGAACCUAAGAAGAAAGAGGCUGGAAAAGAUAGGACUGGGAGACGAGCGAAGAGGACACUCAAGCGUGAAGCUGCUGACAAGGCUGCUGCAUCAAAACAUCAGCAGCAUUUGGCAAGGCUGGGCAGGAAGUGAUUCUCUGUCUAUUUCUGUCUGUAUUUCCAUGCUUUUAACUCUCUGGAAUAAUGACAUGGUAGUUGGAUAAAAUCUAGGAGAUGGGGGUCCGUGGUUGGUGAUGAAAACUAAUAUCAGGUUCAUUGUUCUUUCAAGAUUUAACGCUGUUUGAUUCAACUCACAAUGAAAGAAGUUCAUUGAGCUUCAUAUUGCAGUUGCUUUGCUAACACCAUGUAUUUUCUAAACUUGUCAUUGAUUACAAGUUGACUGGGAUUUGCAAUAUUCCAGAGAUUAUAUUGCAUUGUUUGCACGGCUGUUUUGGGACUCCAGAUCGAGCUAAUAAUCAGAUGGACGUUCCUGUGCUGUGGCAUUUGGAUCGAGUCACCACUGCGAUUUCUGUGCAACAGUUCUAUUUAUUUCUGUUGUUAUAGGUUUAACAAGUGAGUACCUAGGUUCAAAAUGAAUUUUCCAGAAUCAUUUGUACUGAUGGAUUAUCUUUUUUUGUGGA